UGCCUCUCCACUCGCGGUGAAGGAAGCUCAGCCACAGGCAACCAGCACUUUCCUCCUCGACGCCGGGGCCACCUCCUGCAGGCAACUGCUGGGUCCGCGCAGGGAACACAGCCUGGCACACAGCCACGGAGCGCAUGACCAGAGACUCCCCGGAACCCUGACUCCCCAGGGAGCAACAUCUGGCGGCGAUGAACGCUAGUGCCGCCUCGCUCAACGAGUCCCAGGUGGUGGCAGUGGCAGCUGAGGGAGCAGCAGCUGCGGCGACAGCGGCAGGGACACCGGACACCAGUGAAUGGGGACCGCCAGCAGCAUCCGCGGCGAUAGGAGGCGGCGGCGGACCUAAUGGGUCACUGGAGCUGUCUUCUCAGCUGCCAGCAGGGCCCUCGGGACUACUGCUUUCGGCAGUGAAUCCCUGGGAUGUGCUGCUGUGCGUGUCGGGGACGGUGAUCGCAGGCGAAAAUGCGCUAGUGGUGGCGCUCAUCGCGUCCACUCCCGCGCUGCGCACCCCCAUGUUUGUGCUUGUAGGUAGUCUGGCCACCGCUGACCUGCUGGCGGGCUGUGGUCUCAUCCUACACUUUGUUUUCCAGUACGUGGUGCCCUCGGAGACUGUGAGCCUGCUCAUGGUGGGCUUCCUGGUGGCCUCCUUCGCCGCCUCAGUCAGCAGCCUGCUUGCCAUCACAGUGGACCGUUACCUGUCCCUUUACAACGCCCUCACUUACUAUUCGCGCCGGACCCUGUUGGGCGUGCACCUUUUGCUGGCAGCCACCUGGACAGUAUCCCUCGGGUUGGGGUUGCUGCCUGUUCUAGGCUGGAACUGCUUGGCCGACCAUGCGUCCUGCAGCGUGGUACGCCCCCUGACACGCAGCCACGUGGCUCUACUUUCCACUUCCUUCUUCGUGGUCUUUGGCAUCAUGCUGCACCUGUACGUGCGCAUCUGCCAGGUGGUUUGGCGCCACGCCCACCAGAUCGCUUUGCAGCAGCACUGCCUAGCGCCACCCCACUUAGCAGCCACCAGAAAGGGCGUGGGAACUCUGGCCUUGGUGCUAGGCACUUUUGGGGCCAGCUGGCUGCCCUUCGCCAUCUAUUGUGUGGUGGGUAGCCAAGAAGACCCGGCCGUCUACACCUAUGCCACCCUGCUGCCUGCCACCUAUAACUCCAUGAUCAAUCCCAUUAUCUAUGCCUUCCGCAACCAGGAGAUCCAGCGUGCCUUGUGGCUCCUGUUCUGUGGCUGUUUCCAAUCCAAAGUGCCCUUCCGCUCCAGGUCCCCCAGUGAGGUCUGAAGGGCUCCUCCGCAUCUCCUCACCAACACCACAAACCCAACAUGCCAGCCUUUGGUGAACUUCUAGGUGCCUGCGGAUGAACUCUUGAUAUCUCAGUGGUGUGAAUCCGAUUCGGCAGGAGAAAAGGGACCCAAACGAAUGCAGCAAACUGACUCAGACAAAGAGGCUUGUUGGCAUUUUACAUAUACAGUGUAUACAUGUGUACAUAUAUAUACAAAUAUUUGUAUCUUCUGGAGGUGUUCAGGACCUGGAGCUUCCUGUUCUGUGAAAAACAAAAAUGUGGUUGUAUACUCAAUCGUACAUCACAUUUGUCCAGUGAAGACAUUCCAAUUCUGCUUAAUAAUAGCACUUUAUUUUUAGCUGCUGAAAUGCCAAAACAGUGUUGCCAUUCCUUAAGCGGGAGAAAGGGAGUCAAAGAUGUAUUUUUGUUGUAUGUGAUAGAGUAUUUUGCUGCACAUGCAUCAAUAAACUACAACAUAUUUUGUACACAAAUAAACACAUUAUAAAAAUACAACUCUGGAUA